CUUCUGCGACUACGAUUUUGGAGAAAACUACUUGGCAUGCACCAAUCGGCAACCAUAGAUGACUUGGAGAUUUUGUACAAAAGUGAAAACUUUAUUGUUAUUAGCAAACAUUACGAUGUUAAAAUCAGCAGCAACGAUGACAGCGAUGAAGUGACUGCCUCUAAACAACUUGCAAAGAGGUUCCCACAUUUAGUAGAUACACAGAUUGAGCAUAAUUUCAGAUUUGUUCAUCGUCUUGACUAUUCCACAAGUGGUGCCAUAGCUAUUGCGCUUAACAGACAAGCUGCAGCUGAUGCAAUGUCAAAGUUCAGCAAACACCUUGUCCUCAAGGAGUACUUAGCAUUGGUCAGGGGGCACGUAAAAGAUAAUCACAUGAUAAUUACUACGGCAAUAUGUCCUGAAUCCAAAGAUGGCUGCAUGCACAUGAUGAAAAUCGCUGAUGAGGAAGAUGAAACCAGACAAGGGAUUAAGGUGAAAUCGGCAAAGACAGAGUUGUCCGUCCUUCAGCAUGGAUACUAUGAUGGUGAUCCAGCGACAAAGAUAAGAUUAAUACCAUUUACUGGCAGGCGACAUCAGCUUCGGGUCCACUGUGAUAGUAUCGGCCACACCAUCGUCGGUGAUUAUACCUACAGCAAUCGAAGGGACGUCAAACCUUAUCGUAUGAUGCUGCAUUCUCAAAAGCUUAUGCUCCCAACAGACCUUGAAAAAAUAUCAGUUGAUGCAUUUGACCCGUUUGUUACGGAAAUCGAUGAAAAGUGGAAACCAUUUUGAUAUCAACCUAUCAAGUAUAAAUCAUUAUAAUUAUUCGGUAUGAAGAGCAAACCAGGCACGCACAAAUCCAUCUCUGUUCUACAUGAGCACCUGUCCUCUCAAUGUUAUCUGCUCAUUGUCAUUGACAGUCUACGAAAAUUGUCGUUAAAAGUAUUAUGCAACGUGUUGCAACGCAUUGUGUCCCCGGAUUUUUGCCCCACUGAGGAAUGAGACCAAACAAAGGAAGGCUUCCUGUAGGGUCAUCAAGUAUUCAAGUACUGUACUGUAUAAGUUUAUUCAAAUUCAGACAUCAAAUAAAAUAGUAAAAUCAAAUAACAUAGCAAAAUUGAAGAACAAAGAUGAUGAAUUGAAAUGAAAAGGAGACAUUAAAAAACAAGCAUAGCUUUUUCCCAUGAAGCCCCAUACAAAAGUGAAAAAGAUCGACCUAAUUUGACUACAGGUAAAAACUAUACCUUGCUGAACGCCAUUCCGGUAUUUCUACAAUAAGAUUGUCGGGGUCAUAAUGUCUUUAAAGGCAGAAAUUGUUAAAGGUUGCCAGAAUCAGAGAAUGGAUUGAACAUGGGGAUAGUGUUUUAAAGUCUAUUCUUGCAAAAACAUGGACAAUAAUAAUUUUAUUGACUGUAUCUGUACCAGACAUGUCUAUUAGUUUGUCUCAUGUCAGCGCUGCUGUGAAGCAGUGGAAAUUGACAACUGAGGGGCUAGAUGUAAACAAACCCCACUGGACCCCAGCAUACGAGCCGGACAUCUGUUAAAAACCCCAGUAUGUGGAGGGCAUCAGGGUUCAACAGCAUAGCUCCAAUACCAAAUUAAUGACUAUAUUUUUGGUUAUAAUAAUAAUAACAAAACAACAACAACUUCUUAAUUAUUAGUAACUAAAGUGCAAUAGUAUUUAAUGUACAGCAGAACCCACUCCUUUGGGACACCUCUAUUAAAGGGACAAUUUUUGGCCACAAAUUGAGGGAAAGAAUAUCUUUUAACACUACGGUCGGAAUCCUAUUUAAGGGACACUUUAAUAGGGGUUCUGCUGUGUCUUUAAUACAAGACACUCUGAGUUAAUGUCUCAGCACCUUUGGGUAUUGCUUUGAAAGGAUCCUUGCACUAUAGAGUACAAAUUGUUAACAUUGAUUGAUUAAUUGAUUGAUUGAUUGAUUGAUUGAUACAAGUCAAUCUAUUGUAUGUAAAUGACAUUUUAAUAAAUUUAUUUUAUUUAAAUUUCUGCAUUUUCUGGUAUGUGUAUAACCUAGCAGUUUUGGCGUAAUUAGUUGAUAAUCCUGCGAUUGAUGAAUGUACAUAGGUAAAUAAAAAUCGCAAGUGAAAA